CAAGUCCCUGGCCUCCCCUAUGAGUCACAAUCCUGGCCACUCUCAGUGGCCUGCUUUACCCUGAUUUCUUCCUCGGCUGAGUGAGUGUCAGCCUCCCUGCCCCUGCGGGGCCAUCUCAGCCUCAAGACCCUGCUAGGCAGUACCACCAAAGAGGGACAGAUCAAAAGGGAAGUACAAGCAUGCUUAUUCACUGACAUCCACUGGUGGUGACACAUCUAUCUGCAUAAUGGAGAAGAACUUACGGAAUAUCCUGGUGGUUUCUUUUGGAUUCUUCUUUAACUUCACGGCCUUUGGAGGCCUGCAGAAUCUGCAGAGCAGCCUCUACAGUGAGGGGGGCCUGGGGGUGGCGACACUCAGCACCAUCUACGGGAGCAUGAUGCUCUCCUCCAUGUUCCUCUCACCUCUCCUCAUCAAGAAGUUUGGCUGCAAGUGGACCAUGGUGGGCUCCAUGAGCUGCUACUUGACCUUCUCCUUGGCCAACUUCUACGCCAACUGGUACACCCUGAUCCCCACAUCCAUCUUGCUGGGCCUGGGUGCGGCCCCCCUGUGGGCAUCUCAGUGCACCUACAUCACCAUCGUGGGAAAUUUGCAAGCGAAGAAAGAGAAGAAGCUGGGCAAGGACGUGGUGAACCAGUACUUUGGCGUCUUCUUCCUUGUGUUCCAGUCUUCUGGAGUGUGUGGCAACCUGAUUUCCUCACUGGUAUUCAGCCAGACACCCACUCAUGUGACCAUCCCAGAUUCCCAGCUCCAGUCCUGUGGAGCCAAAGACUGCCUGAUGGCCACCGUGGCUUCCAAUAACACCUCUAAGCCCUCCAAGCAACUCAUCUACACCCUGCUGAGCAUCUUCAAUGGCAGCAGUAUCCUGGCUAUCCUGCUGCUGAUCGUGUUUCUCGAGUCUGUGGAAGACAGAAUGGAGAACGAGAGAGAAGCAGGGCCCAGAUCACCACCUCUCUGGUCGACUUUACUGGCCACCUUCAUGCUGUUUAAAAACGACAAGCGUCUGCGCCUCCUGAUCCUCCUGCCGCUGUACAGUGGGAUGAACCAGGGGUUCAUGAAUGGAGAGUACACAAAGGUGCCUCCUCACUGUGCUCUCUGCUGUAUGGGAAGAUCUCCAAGUACACGGGCAGGGCUGCACUCUUCGCGCUGGGAAAGCAUUAGAAAGUCUGGAGGAAGCACAUGGGUACAGAUGGUCCCCAACCCAGGCUGCGUGAGGCCCUGGCCACCAGAAGCAGAGGCGACGCCACCCACUGUCCUGUCUUGUUUCCUCCGACCAGGUGCCGUCAUCCACUUCUCCUGCUUUAUCACCCUCCUCCUGUGGCACCCAAACCCGGCCCAUCUACCUGUCUUCUUUAUCAUCCCUGGCCUGUGGGGGAUGGCAGAUGCAGUCUGGCAGACACAGAACAAUGCUCUUUAUGGUGUCCUGUUUGUGAGGAACAAAGAAGCCGCCUUUGCCAACUACCGCCUUGGGGAGUCCCUAGGGUACGUCAUCGCCUUCGGGUACAGCUCGUUUCUGUGUGUGAGCACCAAGCUCGGCAUUCUCUUGGGCGUCUUGACUGUGACCAUGAUGGCUUAUGGGAUUGUUGAGUACCUGGAACCCAAGACUACUAACAAGUCUGUGGCUACAGAAGAGAAAAGCCAGGCAGAAAAAGAAGAAAUGAAAACGGAAGUGUGAGUGCAGCCACGCCACGGCCAGAAACUCGGCCUGGACCAGCAGAGCAGUUCCCUGUAGCGACAUUCAGUAGAUAGACUCAGUUAUUCAUGAUUGUUUCAGCAAUAUGUGGACAUUCUGAUGACCAUGUGUAGUUUCUAUGUAUUUUUUUUUUCAAUUUAACAAAUUCCCGUCCAGGUUUCUACUCACAGA